GCAAUUUCCAUAACUUAUCCCGUACUCAAAGCAGAGCCCUUCGUCGCUUUAAUUCGAUCUCUCACGUCUUUCGAAUUUCUUGCUUCGCAAAAAUGGCUCCCAAAGCUGAUAAAAAGCCUGCCGAGAAGAAACCGGCCGCCGAGAAAUCCCCUGCGGCGGCCGAGAAGAAGCCGCGAGCAGAGAAAAAACUGCCGAAGGAUGCGUCCGCGGCCGGAGACAAGAAGAAGAAGCGGUCGAAGAAGAGCGUAGAGACUUACAAAAUCUACAUAUUCAAGGUCCUCAAGCAGGUGCAUCCUGACAUCGGGAUCUCGAGCAAGGCCAUGGGUAUAAUGAACAGCUUCAUUAACGAUAUUUUCGAGAAAUUGGCUCAGGAAUCAUCUCGUCUCGCGAGAUACAACAAGAAGCCCACGAUUACUUCGAGGGAGAUCCAGACCGCUGUGAGGUUGGUUUUACCUGGGGAGCUCGCCAAGCACGCAGUGUCCGAGGGUACGAAGGCUGUCACUAAGUUUACCAGUUCUUAAUGAUUUCCCCCUUUUCCUGCUAAUUGUCUUAGGUCAUCGUUACUGGUCUGGUUUUUGCUUGUAAUUCCAACAUUAAUGGGCAAUCAAUAGAAACAAUUGCUUUGUUUUUAGCUUC